GACCAGACGUUAUAGCUGCUGUCCGCUCGUCACACAGGCUCACAUAAAAGACUGCCCAUUGUCCUCAGCAGCCGCUGUUUGACUCUCCUCACCUCAGCAGACACCCAGUCACGUUCACAGGAGCCUGACAGAGCCAGAACGAUGAAUCCCAAAGGGGAUAAGCCGAAAUGCAAGAUUUCGGCUUCUCGCAAGCUCUCCCUCAAGAUGCUUCUCCUCACAAGAGCCUGCGAGGAUUUGGAGAGGGAGAGGCAGGAGAGGGAAGAAGAGAAAGUGCGCUAUCUAGGAGAGAAGUUGCCCCCUUUGCAAUUGUCUGGAUUAUCUAUGGAUGAGCUACAAAAUCUCUGCAAGCAGCUUCAUGCAAAAAUUGAUGUUGUGGAUGAGGAGAGAUAUGACUGUGAAUCCAAAGUGAACAAGCACAAUAAAGAUAUCCACGAGCUGAAGCUGAAGGUCCAGGACCUCGGAGGCAAGUUCAAAAAGCCUGCCCUGAGAAAGGUGAGGGUGUCAGCAGAUGAGAUGAUGAGAGCUCUUCUGGGCUCCAAACACAAGGGCUCAAUGGACCUCAGAGCUAACCUCAAGUCUGUGAAGAAAGAGGACGUCAAACAAGACAAGGUGCUUACUACUGAAGUGGGUGACUGGCGUAAGAACGUGGAGGCCAUGUCAGGCAUGGAGGGCCGCAAGAAGAUGUUCGAUACAGGCGGUGCAGCACAGUGAGACUCUGCAAAUAAUGAAGCUGAUCAGUUAAAUGCAGGAAAAAGUAAGCACCACAGACAUAAAUAUGGAAUAAUUAUCUGAAUGUUAAUUGACUUAGGGAUUAAGCAUAAGAGGCCACAAGCAUGUGCUAUAUAACCCCCAGUUCAUCAGCUGUACCUCCAUUUGUUUGAUGGCCAUUUUCUAAGCAACUCAAAGCACUUAAAGUGUAGGAUGAAUAGAGACCCAGUGUUUUUUUUUUUAUUACCAAGGUUCUUUUUUCUUUUGUUUUCUUAUGACAUCUUUAGACAAUUAAAGUGGAUAUCAAUGAA